CGAAGGGGGCGGUUACCCCCGGGGGAUGUUCGCCCGAAAUUUCCGAAAAUGCGCUAUCUCGGUGAAGGGUCCUCAGAAGAACGGGACACUCAGGCCCCGAAACGUCGCAGAACGUCGUCUAAGUGUCGUCGCGCGCGGACACCCCCCUCUUUUUUUUAAUUUUUUUCCAUUCUCUGCGAGUGAGUGAGUCAAGCACGCUGGUGGCAUCCGCUCGACAGGAAGCGGGAUAUGAGCUACACCGAACCGCUGUGGGAGAUCAAUGGAAAUCAAGCACCAGUAAUCGCGGCGGAGAUGUCGCAGUACGUCGGCAGUGAGAUCGCCAGCUAUCCCAUGUGGGACAGUUCCGUUUUGUACCAGACGCAGCCGCCUGCCCAUCCGCACGUGAACGAGCACGGAUUGUACAGGCAACCCUGCGCUUUGUUGCACCAGAGUCGUUAUACGCCAAACGGCCGUUCGCCGAAUUUACCGUCGUCUACGACGAAGAAACCGAGACGUCGAGUGGCGACGGUAUCUCAGAGGAGAGCCGCGAAUAUUCGCGAGAGACGCAGGAUGUUCAAUCUCAAUGAGGCCUUUGACAAACUCCGCAGGAAAGUACCGACAUUCGCCUACGAGAAACGACUCUCGAGAAUCGAAACACUGCGUCUAGCGAUCACGUACAUAGCUUUCAUGGGAGAGCUACUCGGUAUCGAGCCGAGUAGUCCAAAACAAGAGUACAUACCACGGGAGUAUUACUUGCCGAAUUGAAUCUCUCCUUUCCCACGAUUAACGAGGCGCUUAUGAGCCGAUGCGAGUCGACGAUAUCUAUCGGUGAAAAACUUCUAGUCGGUGAAAUCAGUCUUCCAUUAAUGAUUAGUAAUUAUAGCAUUAAAUCUCGAAAUGUAAUUUAAUGCACGAUCGUAUGUGACACUCGUACGACUUCUUCCACAAUACUACUGGAGCCUAUUCGAGCGUACAUUAAUUUUUUCGAUACUAUUACUUUUUAACGUUGUUCAGAAAUUACUAUUUAUGAAAGAAAUGUAAAAAUAAUAUAUUAAAAUUCUGGACUUUUCGAGCAUACUUCGAAACACUUGUUCUAGUAUCGAAAGAAUUAAAAUCUUUGUCAAUAACAACUUUCUCUUAUUAUACACACAAUAAUCUUGCGCUUUAUCAUCUCAAUUAUUGCGAAUCUCGUGCGAUUAAAAGGGAUAAUUGCAAUAUUAAGAGAUAAAAUUAAACUUUUUCCUGUCUUUUCUCUUCGUAAAUAUAUGCUGUAUGUUAUAAGAUGACGUUGGAUUGCAACAAAAAAAAAAAAAAGAACAAUUUACAAUGUUAAUCUUCAAUGUUUUGGAAGUUAAUUAGCAAACAAUUGGCAAUAUCGUAAAUAUCGAAAUUAUGAAAUUACAUCUUUUAUAAGGUAAUAUCAGAAAUAUAUUCAAAUUCGAAGUUGCCUUUAUUAACCAUGGUAAAAAAUUUUCUCGGAAUUUUUAUACGAGCACUUGAAAAAAUACUAAGAAAGUCUAUACCUUUCUUUGAAAUAUUUCAUAAGUGAAUUCUGAAAUAUUUAAAAAUUUUCAAAAUUUCUUUCUCAUCCUAUAACUUCUCCUUAAGCAAUGCUCGAAACUUUUUCAGAUUUUAUAAGAUUUUCAUCAGAAAUUACACAUUGAGAAGUCUUAGAAAUCUUGGCAUAUUUCAGAAUUCAUAUGUGAAGAAUUCUAGAAAAGAUGUCGACUUUUUCAGCAUCUCUGAAAAGUGUUCAACUCACAUAAAAAAAAAAUCUGAGAAAUUUUCUAAAAAGUAAAAAUUCUGAAUGAUUCUAAAAUUAAUGUAAAAAGUACAUGAAAAGCUUUGAGAACAAUUUUAACAAGAGAUGUAAUUUCUGAUUUUAUAAUACCAUUACAGAAUACUUAUAUGUACUAUAUUGUCACUGAUUACUGAAACUGCGGAUUACGGAAAUAAAUAAGUGGCAUGUAAAGUAAGUUAAAAUAAAAAUUUAAGUGAUAACAUUA